AUGUCGUUCAUGUCGCACUCCUCGGACCACAGCAGCCGCUCUGUGUUGCAGAGCAACUGUUUCGGCGAGGUUGGGCCCAAGUAUGUGAAGGACUGCACCAGGAAUUGGGCAUCACAGAGCAAACUUGGGGGAGGCACCUUCGGAGUGGUAUACGAGGCCAGAGAUACAGACGGAUUGAAGUUUGCAGCCUUACGGCUGGAGAGCAAGCACCCAGGAUACCGCCAGCGGAUGCGAGAUCUGACAGAACAAGACCUGGAGACACUCACUGCCUUCGAACAUAGGAACAUCCUUUCUGUGCUUGGCUACAGCAAGAGUGAAGAAGCCACCGUCCUCCUCUACCCGUUAGCAGGCGUAACAUGCUUAAAGGCAGCACUCGAUAGUGCUGAGAUCGCGUCAAAGAUGGAGUGGUCGUCCAGGAUCAAGAUUUUCAUUGGCAUAGUGGCAGCUCUCGAGUAUUGCUACUACUACCACAGAAUGGGCGGCACUCCUUGCUACCACCGGGAUGUGAAGCCCAGCAACGUGUUCUUGACGGUCGAGUGGAUCCCGAAGCUUGUGUGUUGUGGUCUGUCAAGACUCAUUCCACUCGUUGACGAUGAUAAAACAGCUGCGCUGGGCAUUGUGGGUCUGGGCAGCGAGGGGGGUUUCCUCUGCCCGGAGUUUACGAGAGAUCGCACGUUCGAUGAAAAGUCCGAGGUGUUCUCCGUUGGCGUAACUGCCUUGCAGCCGCUUGGAACAGUUGGCAACUGGAUCAUCACAGGGAGAACAAGCUUUGUGGACGGAGAGCCGUCCGUUACGGAGCAGAUAUCCGAGAUAUCUGAAGAUGAUGACUCGAGUGCCGAAGAUGAAGCUGUCGAAGCAGUGUUGGGAGCGCGAGACCGCCGGCCCGAGUGGGAAGCUGCCUUGCUCCCUGCCAUCCGUGAAUUUGCCAAGCUCACUGUGCGUCUUGGCAGCAUCUAG